GCCUGCGACAAAUGCAAGACGAGGAAACGCCGAUGUUCUGGCGAGUUGCCUUGUCCGACCUGUCACGCCCAAGGCAUUGCCUGCACAUACACCGCGCCUUACACCCGUGGCAAGCCUCCUAACGUCGCUGAGUCGCCCGCGGCAGCCUUGAGCGGAUCAGCACGUUGCUCACAGUUUGAUCAUGCUUCAUGCACGCUUCGCACUUCGCGAGGUGGCUCCCCCGACGCCUGCGACACACCCAACGGCCAAUACCUAGGACCAUCUUCGCCAUUCGCGUUCUUGCGGCGCGCAUGGAAGCGCUUGGGCCAGGAUGAAACUGCUCGCAACCUGGAGCACGAGCCUUCAUGCAACACUCCUAUUUUUUCCCAUGGGGACCGUGAGCUGCCGUAUCCGCGUGGAUCUCACGAAUCCAAUCGCAGUAUUGAAAGUCUCAACCUCCCUAACAGAGCGCUUGCGGAGCAGCUUGCUACCAUUUUCUUCGAAUUUGGUAUGCCAUCCUACCGGUUUUUGCACCGAGAGACCUUCAACAACUGGCUUGCCGUUGGCUACAGCGCCACUGAGACUGCUACGAGCUAUUGGACAGCGGCACAGAAAGCUCUUGUUCUGCUUGUACUCGCAACAGCCUCGCAAUAUGUGGGUGACAAGCACAGCAUGGGCAUAGCAGUUGGCGGGGAGACUUGCCUCGCGGGUGAAGGCUUCUUCGUCACGGCGCAGCACCUUCUGCGGAAGGAAACCGGCAGGGUCCGCCUCGAGUCUGUGCAAGCAAGACUUGCGGCAUCCUUGUAUCUGCUGAACACGUCGCGAUUAAAUGAAGCCUGGUAUACGCUUGGAACGACCGUACAGUUGCUCGUUGCGCUCGGUCUACAUCGCCGUUCUUUGGAAAGCCAGACCACGGAUCUGGUAGCGCGUGAGUGUUGCAGGCGAACAUUUUGGGCAGCAUACACGUUGGACACCUACCUCAGCGUGAUGCUCGGCAGACCUACAAUACUCCAUGACAGUGACAUUGACCAGCAAUAUCCGGAGCUAGUGAAUGACGAGGAUCUGCACAAAGACGGCAUCAUAUACAGUGAAAAUCCGCGAGAUUGUCUCACCGCUGCGGCCGUCCACCAUGCAAGGCUUGCAAAGAUUGUGCGCACAUCGUGCAAAGAACUGUACUCCAUCCGCAAAGUCAGCGAGGACCAGCAUCUCACCGCAGCUCGACAACUAAACGCAGAGAUUGUCGCCUGGAGGAGUCAGCUUCCGGUUUUCUUGUCCGGUGCUAUACAUUCCUCUAGCCUGAUACCCGUCCUUCGCAGACAAUCCACCGUUCUACGCAUGGCUUGCGCACAUGCAGUCAUGCUUGUCGCUCGACCUCUAAUAUUGCAGGGCGGAAAUUCGUCGGCAGAAGCGCAAACUCUGAUCGACGUAUGCCUAGCAGCUGCCAAGGAUGUGUUUGACAUGGUGUUGGAUGUCGUAUCCGAGCAUCAGGUUGUUCCGGUCCCAUUCUGGAACACGCAGUAUGUCGCAUUCAUUGCUCUAUCGACUGUAUACGUCUGGAUUAUGCAGCGGAAGCAUGCCCGCCUAGAUGGCUUGACAUCGCAAUUUGACGAGAUCGCUCUGUUCGCCCUUGCAGAGACCGUUCAACGGCAUAUCGCCGACGCAACGGCGUUCCACUCUCCAGGCUUGCGGUAUAGCAUUAUGCUAGAGGAGCUUCAGCAACAGACACGCCGG